GUUUCUCCGCGCUCUUCCCCGUGCCCGCCGCGUCGGUUCCGGCCUCUGCCUCUGCUUCUCCUCUCUCCUCCCCUCCAGACUCCAUUCCUUCUCGCCUCUCGUCGCGUCGCUAGGGUUUCUCCCCUCCGCCUCCGCCCCCAAUUCUGGUCGAUCCCCACCGGGGAUGGUCUCCGGCGCCGGGCCCUCCGGCGGGCCGGCCAAUUCCGCGUCCACCGGUGCCGGGGGUGGCUCCCCCUCCGACAGGGGCGGCCCCGCGCCGUCGGCCUCUGCCUCGGUCUCCACGCCGGCCAGCGAGAGUACCGUGGCCCGCCGCCUCAACGGACUCGAUCUCCAGGCCGACGACGCGCCAUCGUCGCAGCCAGCCGUAAGCAAGAAGAAAAAGAGAGGGGUGCGCGCUGUUGGUCCUGACAAAAAUGGCCGUGGAUUGCGCCAAUUCAGCAUGAGAGUCUGUGAGAAAGUUGAAAGCAAAGGGAGAACAACCUACAAUGAGGUUGCUGAUGAACUGGUCGCUGAGUUUUCAGACCCCAACAUUAAUAUUGACUCUCCAGAUCCUGAUAAUCCCUCCGCGCAACAAUAUGAUGAAAAGAAUAUCAGACGAAGAGUUUAUGAUGCGCUGAAUGUCCUAAUGGCUAUGGAGAUUAUAUCUAAAGAUAAAAAGGAAAUACAGUGGAGAGGCUUGCCCAAGACAAGUGUGAAUGAUAUUGAAGAAUUGAAGACAGAGAUCGUUGGACUGAAAGGUCGGAUUGACAAGAAAAGUGCAUAUUUGCAGGAUUUACAGGAUCAAUAUGUAAGCCUCCAAAACUUGGUACAACGAAAUGAGCAGCUAUAUGGGUCAGGAGAUGCACCUUCUGGUGGAGUGGCCUUACCAUUUAUACUAGUUCAGACACGUCCUCAUGCAACUGUAGAAGUGGAGAUAUCAGAAGAUAUGCAGUUGGUGCAUUUUGACUUCAAUAGCACUCCAUUUGAGGUGCAGGAUGAUUCCUUUGUACUGAAAGAAAUGGGGUUAUCUGGAAAAGAAGAAACUGAUGGCACCCAAACCCCUGUUGCCAAUGGAGGCGAGUGCUCAAGUACACCGAACAAUUAUUGGCAUCAAUCGCCGCAGCCUGUGAGGCCAAGAGGAGUUGGGCUAGGGAACUCAUCUCCUAUUCCAGGGAUACUAAAAGGGCGCGUCAAGCAUGAACACUAGGCAUUGAUACCCAUGUUGGUGUUUCAUGAGAUAUUUUAGUUUAUUGUUCCCCAGCUAGCUUUACAUGUAAAAAUGCAUGUACAUAAUGUUGGUAGGGCAAUGGCGGUCUAAUUUUACUUUGCUGAUGGUAGUUUGAUGGGUGUCAUGACGAGCUAGACACCUAGCUCACUUAACUCCUAGGUUUUGCUUGUCUUGUUGAGGAAAAGGACCUUUGGUCAGUGUAAUUGCUUAGCACUAUCUUCUGGAAAUAGUCGGCAUCGUAUUUAAGAUGAGAAUAUGUUCCAGGAUAUUGUAUGCUUCUUUUGUCAGUUAUGUGUUUGAGGUAUUCAGAUA